UAUAAAAAUAGCAAGUGUUCAGGAACGGAUCAUCAGUGGCUGCCCAGCAUCAGUUCUAAAUACAAGACCUUCUUGGAAGUCACCAAAAUGAGUAAGUUGGUUUUCGUGGUGGUGAUGGCCCUGGUGGCCAUUUCUGGUCACUUUGCUUCGGCUCAGAAAAACGUUAUCGGCUACCUCGGAGCCUGGGCUAACUACCGCCCCGGAAACGGUAAAUUCACCAUUGAACACAUCAACCCGAAGCUUCUCACUCACGUGAUUUACUCGUUCUUUGGAGCUAACAGUGAUGCAACGAUCAAACAUUUGGACUCCUGGCUGGACAUAAACUUGAAAUCCAUUGCAAGAUGCAUAGAGCUCAAGAAACAAAAUCCAACCUUGAAGGUACUGGCAGCUGUGGGUGGAUGGAACGCAGGUGUUCAUGAGUUCUCUGCUAUCGCUGCCACACCGGAGUUGAGAACCAAGUUUGCUAAUGAAGCUGUUGCUUUCUGUAAAAAAUUUGGUUUCGAUGGUCUCGAUAUGGACUGGGAAUAUCCUGCGAAUAUCGAACGAGGUGGAAAGCCAGAGGACAAACAGAACUUUGUGCUACUGAUGAAAGAAUUGUACACCAAAUUUAAACCGGCAAACCUUACUUUAACUGCUGCAGUCGCGGCUCCAGAAAGCAUUGCUUCUGUCUCAUACGAUAUCAAACAGUUGGCCAACAAUGUAGACUUCAUCAAUUUAAUGGCUUACGAUUUCCAUACCUCUGUGGAUGGAGCUACGGGACAAAACGCUCCUCUCAAAUCGGCUAACGCUGGUGACAAGCUCAAUGUGCAGAGUAGUGUUGAAUACUGGUUGAAACAGGGACUUCCUCCCAGCAAGCUCAACCUCGGGAUACCGACGUAUGGUCGAACGUUUGCUGUCAGUAAAGCAAAUCAAAGGGGACUUGGUGCCCGAGCUACCGGUGCGGGACAAAGUGGCCCUUAUACGCAGGAGCCUGGAAUGUUGGGGUACAAUGAGAUUUGCGAGAUGAAGAACGACGGGAAAUUAACUGAAAUCUGGGAUACAAAUCAGGCGGUACCAUAUGCCUCUAAUGAAAACCUAUGGGUAGGAUUUGACAAUGUGAAAAGUAUUCAGGAGAAGUGCAAUUAUAUCAAAACGAAAAAUCUAGCAGGAGGAAUGUUCUGGUCACUAGAGACCGAUGAUUUCCUUGGAAAGUGUGGUCCUAAAUUCGGGCUGAUAUCUGCAUUGAAAAACUGUCUUUGAUGAGAGUUCUAAAAUUUGAAAUGCCACGUUUACUGCUAUCCAGCAUUAUUGUUUCAUCCAGCAGCCAACAAAUCUGAACAGUACAAAAUGGUGUAGCUGGCAAAUGAAUACGAUUGCUGCAUUUGCACAUGGAAUUUUCUUGAGAAGUUGAUGCGGAAGAGAAUAAACAUCUACAACGCUUA